AUGGUGGAAACGAGGAACCAGGGCGAGCUGAUCCUAACAGGAGGUGCCGAGGCCCAGAAGCCCAAGAGAAAGUAUGAGAACAGGACAAUUUUGCAAGUCGCGCAUGCCGACGGCACAAUUCGCAUCUGGGAUUCUGGUCAUGGAGAUGAUAUCGAGAACGACGCACAAUUACAGGUCGACGUUGCUCGGGCAGUUUCGCGGUAUGAUAGCGUGGAAAUUAGCGCCAUGAGCAUGGCCCCAAGUACUGGAGAAUUUGCUGCCGGUACCUCGGCCGGUGAGGUUGUCGUCUACCGUUGGGGCCCUAACCAGGCGUACGGUCGCGAUCAUGCCCAGCCUCAUGAUCCGAACCCUGGCGGCCUUACAGAUAUUACCUCUCGCGCUGAGCCUCCGUUGAAGACCGGUCUCCAGCCCUACACACUAUACGAGAUGGCCAAGGGUCCCAUUACGGCGCUUAACGUGUCCGACAUUGGCUUCGUUGCUGUUGGAUCCCAAGGCGGCUUCUUCAGCAUCCUUGACCUCCGCGGCCCUGUCAUAAUUUUCCAGGCCUCGCUCUCUGAAUUUGCGCGGACUGAAAAGCGCUCAUCCUUCCUCAAAGGCCUCCGCGAAACGUCUGGACAGCAGGAGUGGCCGGUUCAGAUCAAGUUUGGUGUCAUGACGCUGGAAGGCGAUAACUACUCGAGCAUUGCGUGCUUUGUGGGCACGAACACUGGCAAAGUCAUCACAUUCAAACUCCUGCCCGCAGGGGAGGGCUACACGGUCAAAGUUGCGGGCGUGGUGGAUCUAGGGUCACCCAUCGUCGCCAUCUGCCCCAUCGUUGCUGAUACGGGGAAGCCGGCUGUCGCCACCGGUCCGAUUGUUGCCGGACUUAGGGGUGGUCAGCAAGUUAACGGAAUUUUGGUCGUUGUCACGCAAACCGAGAUUCGCGUCUUCAAACCGGCAACUGCAAAGGGUGCUUCUAAGUCGUUUGACGACAUUCUUUGCGAUGCCGCGGCGGUGACGGAGCUGGAUUAUCGUGAUACCAUUGUAACCGAAAAUGGCUACGUCUUUGGCUGGCACGGACCAAGCGAACUCGCCCUGUUCCAUGUCUGGGGCCUAGGUGACGCCCUCGCGAAUUCGGCCGACAUCAUCAUCAACCCCGAGCUGAUGGUGCCCCCUCGCCCCACUAUCUCCAAUCUGCAGUGGAUCUCGGGUACCCAAUACGUCUCGCCAACCGAUCUCGAUCUCUUGAUCGGAGGUCCCGAUAGGCCGCCAAGCAAACGCAUGCUGGAGGCGGCGGCGGCGGAGCAGAGGGCCAUGAGGUUAGCGAAUGUCUCGGGGAACGCUGGGCAAGGAAGUGCCGCAGGCGGUAGCCAAGAAGGUUGGGGCGAGUACCUGACGCGGCAGCUCAACGAGCGGACCGAGAAGCUGAACAUCAUGGGAGAUAACAUGGAUAAGCUACAGGACGCGAGUCAGGGCUGGGCCGACGAUGUGAGCAAGGUGGUUAAGAAGCAACAGAGAAAUAUGCUGCUUGGUGGGCUCAAGGGCAAAUUUUUGUGA